UGAAAACUUUACAUUUUUCUCCGAUCCUCAAAAGCCUCUCUCUGACCUUGGAAUGCACACAAACCAUCAAAUUCAUUCACCUUUGUUCUCCUCCUCAUGGCGGUUUCUCACCGUCUCUUCAGGCUGUUCUCGCCGUUGACGGCGGAAAAGAAUAAUCUUUCUUCUUUAUUGAUCAGGUCUCUGUCUUCUUCUUCUUCUUCUUCAUCGUCUUCUUCUUCGCAUGGGCCAUCGCUGGAUCCUGAGAUCGAUAUCAAGGAAGCUGCGGCGGAGCUGGAAAAGUCUUCCUCUCCCUCUCCGACUCCGUCCAAAGGUAGAAACUUUCACUGGGUGUUUCUUGGAUGUCCCGGUGUUGGUAAAGGCACCUACGCCUCUCGUCUCUCUACCCUCCUCGGCGUUCCUCAUAUCGCCACCGGUGAUCUCGUACGCGAAGAGCUUUCCUCCUCUGGUCUCCUCUCCUCUCAGCUAAAGGAGCUUGUUAACCAUGGCAAAUUGGUUCCUGAUGAAUUCAUUAUAAGCUUGUUAUCAAAGCGUCUCGAAGCUGGCAAGAAGAAGGGUGAAUCUGGUUACAUUCUUGAUGGUUUUCCAAGAACCGUGACACAAGCCGAAAUACUGGAGGGAGUAAUUAAUGUGGAUCUAGUGAUCAACCUGAAGCUAAAGGAAGAGGCACUAGUUGCGAAAUGUCUAGGGAGAAGGAUUUGCAGCGAGUGUGGUGCAAACUAUAACGUUGCAUGCAUUGAUAUCAAAGGUGGUGAUGAUGAUUCUGGUCCUAGAAUGUAUAUGCCUCCGCUUCUUCCUCCACCAAACUGUGAAUCUAAGCUUAUAACCCGAGCUGAUGACACUGAAGAAGUUGUCAAGGAAAGACUCAGGGUUUACCACAAAAUGACUCAACCAGUGGAGGAGUUCUACAGGAAGCGUGGGAAGCUGCUUGAGUUUGAAUUACCAGGUGGAAUCCCACAGUCAUGGCCGAAACUACUUAGGGCGUUACACCUUGAAGAUGAUAAACAGUCUGCAAUAGCCUAGUCUCUCUAUAUCUCCACAACCUUUUUCCUACAUUCUUUGCUCGAGCAAAUCCUCCUCGUGCAUAUGCUUAAAAUAGUUAAUAAAAGAGAUACAUGUCCCUAUUAUUUUUACAUCACAACUAAUGCAUACAUUAUAUAGUGAAGUUUCUUUUUUUGUUUGGA